AUGAGUAAGCUGCAGAGCGACGUGCUGCGCGAGGCGAUCUCAAACCUGCUGGCGGCGUCGCGCGAGAAGAACCGCAAGUUCUCGGAGACGAUCGAGCUGCAGAUCGGGCUCAAGAACUACGACCCGCAGAAGGACAAGCGUUUCAGCGGCUCCGUCAAGCUGCCGCACGUGCCGCGCCCCAAGUACCGCGUGUGCAUGCUCGGAGAUGCCCAGCACGUCGAGGAGGCGGAGAAGAUCAAUCUGGACUGCAUGGGCGUGGAGGCGGAGAAGAUCAAUCUGGACUGCAUGGGCGUGGAGGCGCUGAAGAAGAUGAACAAGAACAAGAAGCUCGUGAAGAAGCUCGCCAAGAAGUACCACGCGUUCCUGGCGUCCGAGGCCAUCAUCAAGCAGAUCCCCAGGCUGCUCGGUCCCGGACUGAACAAGGCCGGCAAGUUCCCCACGCUCGUCACCCACCACGAGCCCCUCGAGAGCAAGGCCAUCAUCAAGCAGAUCCCCAGGCUGCUCGGUCCCGGUCUGAACAAGGCCGGCAAGUUCCCCACGCUCGUCACCCACCACGAGCCCCUCGAGAGCAAGUUGCUGGAGGCGAAGUCGACGAUCAAGUUUCAGCUGAAGAAGGUGCUGUGCAUGGGCGUGGCGGUGGGCAAUUGCGACAUGGAGGAGAAGCAGAUCUUCCAGAACGUGCAGCUCUCCGUCAACUUCCUCGUCUCGCUGCUCAAGAAGAACUGGCAGAACGUCAAGUCGCUCUACAUCAAGAGCACCAUGGGCAAGCCCCUCCGCAUCUACUAA